AUGGUCCCUGCAGAACUUUAUACCUCAGUCAAUGCCAUCAAUGUAAUCUCCCAUAAGCCUAACCAGAGACUAACCCCAAGGUAUGUGUCAUCAGACAAAAAAGUGCAAAGCAAAGGGAAGAGGGGAGCAAAGGGCAAACAGGCCGAGGUGGCGGACCAGCAAACCACAGAUGUGCCUGCAGAAAACGGAGAGACUGAGAACCAGAGUCCAGCCUCCGAAGUAGAAGAGAAAGAAGCCAAGUCCGAUUAAACAUCCAUCAUGUCUGUCAGUGUCCCCGCCUCCCUUCUUGUACA